UGCAAUAAUUUUGUACAAAACGUAUAAUAUAUUUCAAAAUUGUCAAAAUUUAUAAAUAUCACGACUGAUAUAUGCGGCGACUUGAGCAAUUCAUUCGACGUGAAAACAAGAUACUUUGUUGUAUCAUUUAUUCCGACACGCAAAAAAAUCGAUCGAGAUUGUUUCUUUGAGUAUUUUGGAAUGUGCAUAAAUCGUUGAUGCUGGACUUGAAAAAUCUUGAUAAACUGUUCUAGAAGAUUUGGAGACGUUGAUUUGAUAACUGGACGGAUUGAAACGCGCAUCUCAUUUAUAUUGAAACAAAGGACACUUCAAUGACUAAAGACAAGAAGUUGAUCCUGCAUGCCGUGCACUUCAUCAUCGUCCUGCCUAAAAUAUUGCACUGUAUUUUUUAUUACUUUGCCAAACGCGUUACACGCACAAUAAAUAAGAAAUUAUGGCUGCCUACAUCAAUCGUACAGUGUCUAUGAUUGCGGGAGACAGCCAUUUAAGGUCAACAGAUAUACGAACUGAUAAUUCUCCACUUCAGAUUUUCGUUAAAGCGAAGAAAAAGAUCAAUGACAUAUUUGUGGAAAUAGAGGACUAUGUACAGGACACUGUGGGAUUCAUGAAAUCGCUGCAAGCGGAACGUAAUAUCGUUACAGCAGAGGAGGGAGAAAGAAUUGAAAGCUAUGUUGAUAAAGUCCAUGCAAUUAGAGAUGUACUUAAAAGAGAUCACAUGAAAGUUGCGUUUUUUGGAAGAACCAGCAAUGGGAAGAGUACAGUUAUUAAUGCAAUGUUACGUGAUAAAAUUUUGCCAAGUGGGAUAGGACAUACCACAAAUUGUUUCUUACAAGUUGAAGGUUCGGAUAAUGGUGAAUCUUAUUUGAUCACAGAAGGAUCCACUGAGAAACAACCUGUUCAAUCGGUUGGCCAAUUAGGUCACGCUCUCUGUAAAGAAAAGUUAUGUGAAAGUCAUCUAGUCAGAAUAUUUUGGCCAAAGGAAAAAUGUUUAUUAUUAAGAGACGAUGUAGUAUUUGUUGAUAGUCCUGGAGUCGAUGUAACACCAAAUCUGGAUGAAUGGAUUGACAAACAUUGCUUGGAUGCAGAUGUUUUUGUGUUAGUAGCUAAUGCUGAAUCUACUUUAAUGGUGACAGAGAAGAACUUUUUUCACAAAGUGUCUACAAAAUUGUCUAAGCCAAAUAUCUUCAUUUUGAAUAACAGAUGGGAUGCAUCUGCUUCGGAACCAGAAUUUUUCGAACAGCUGGUCAAAGAGCAAAAGGAGGUGAGGGCACAGCAUCAAGAACGAGCCGUCGACUUUUUGUCAAGAGAAUUAAAAGUUUACACGCCCAAAGAUGCCGAAGAACGAGUUUUCUUCGUUUCAGCGAAAGAAACGCUGCAAGCACGUUUGCAAGAACAACGUGGACAACCUUCUCAUAAUGGUGCGUUAGCAGAAGGAUUUCAAACUCGAUAUUUCGAAUUUCAAGAUUUCGAACGAAAAUUUGAAGAAUGUAUCUCAAAGUCUGCUGUGAAAACGAAAUUCGAACAGCACUCUCAACGUGGAAAACAUAUCGCUACGGAAAUACGACAAACUCUAGAUGAGAUAUUGGACAGGACGCAAAAAAUGAAAAGUGAACAACUGCACAUUAAAAAAGAAGUCCAUGACAAGUUAAAUUACACGGAACAACAGUUAAUGUUGCUGACUCAAGAAAUGAAGGACAAAAUUCAUCACAUGGUAGAGGAUGUGGAGCAAAGAGUGUCGAAAGCUUUGAGCGAAGAAAUUCGUAGAUUAUCCGUUCUUAUUGAUGAAUUCAGUGUUCCGUUCCAUACCGACGCGCUAGUUCUAAAUGUAUAUAAACGGGAACUUCAUGCACAUGUAGAAAAUGGUUUAGGUUCUAAUUUAAGAGCGAGACUCAGUACCGCAUUAGCACUGAAUAUUGAAAACUCUCAAAGAGAAAUGACAGAACGCAUGGCAAGCUUACUGCCAGAGAAUAAAAAACAAAUGUCACUGAACAUUUUACCGAGACGAGAGCCAUUCGAAAUUUUGUACAGAUUAAAUUGUGACAAUUUAUGCGCAGAUUUUCAUGAGGAUUUGGAAUUUCGAUUCUCUUGGGGGAUUACAGCCAUAAUUAACAGAUUUGCGGGAAGACAAGGACAAAGAUUGGCCAUCACUAAUUAUCCACAAGAGAUACCGCCAGCGAUUAUGUCUCCAGCGGAGAGCGUCGAUUCUGUGAAGUUUAUGUCAACUACCUCAAACCAUCAACCAAGGUCGGACGAUUGGUCGUUGGCUACUAAAAUCGCGGUAGCAUCGAUAACUUCUCAAGGAACAAUGGGAGGACUUAUAGUUGCUGGAUUUAUGUUAAAAACAAUUGGUUGGAGGCUCAUAGCGGUGACCGGUGCUAUAUAUGGUGCUUUGUAUCUUUACGAACGAUUAACGUGGACUAAUAAAGCGAAAGAACGUGAAUUUAAACAUCAGUACGUAGCUCACGCUACAAAGAAAUUGAAACUAAUAGUAGAUCUCACGUCAGCGAAUUGCAGCCAUCAAGUGCAACAAGAGCUGUCUAGCACUUUUGCACGUCUCUGCCAUUUAGUGGAUGAAACAACGUCUGAAAUGGAUAGCGAACUAAAAAAUAUUGCAAGUACACUACGAAAAUUAGAGGAAGCAACUAGUAGCGCUAAAGUUUUACGAAAUAAGGCUAAUUAUUUAACGAACGAGCUCGAUUUAUUCGAUGCAGCGUAUUUAAAGUCUUUGAAUUAAGCAUCAUUUUUAAAAGAUAAUACCGAGUCAGUAAAUAUUAAUGUUGAUAAUGUUCGAUGUUUCAGAAAAUGUAUCUACGCGUAUGUGAUAAUUGAACAACUUAUUAAUAAAAACGUUGGUCUGGAUAUGUUUUCUGAGACGACAACUUAUGCAUAUAGAAAAAAAUCUUUUUACGAGAAAAGAAAAAAAAUUGAAUCUUCUGUAAUUCAGGCAACAGCAUAAUUCGUUUUUAAAAGGAUUAGCACAAGAAGUUUUACUUGUCAAUAUACUUCCGAUGUGUUUUCGAAUUCUUUUCAUCUUUUUUUUUUUAAAUAAUUUAUCUCGUCACAUGAAUCAUGCUUGAAGGAAAGAUUUUUUUGCAACUAACAGUGCCAGUGUUUCAAGAGUAUGAAAUCGAAGCAUGUAGAUCAUUGAUCCAUGCUGGAAAAUCUAUUAUGAAAAUGUAAUUGAAUUUUAUUUGUGUAUAUCUAGUAAAUGAAAUAAUGGAAUUAGAUUUAUUAGAUUAUAUUUAUAAAAGAGCUUACAUUAAUAAAACAUUGUUUGUUGAGUAAACAAUAUUUGCGUUUGUUAUUGUUCCUUGCAUUGUGUCAACUUAUAUACAGGACAAAUUGUACAUAUUACAUGUAGAUUAAACGCAUGAGCAAAAGUAGAAUAACCUCCGUGAAAUAUGUACGAACCUCUGAAAUGGCACGAGUAUGUAAUUACGUUCAAAGGAAACAAUGGAGCAACAAUGUGAUCCGACUGUUCAGCGCU